GACGCUCUUAUUUUUCUUCCUCUCGGUUGAUCUUCACAUCUUCUUCUUCUUCUUCUUCUUCUUCUUCCGCUUCCGCUUGUCCGAGCCCUCUGUUUUUAUUUCUCGACUGUCUCUUGUUGUUCUGCAACUCGAAAAGAAAGCCGCGAACCAGGCAGAGGCGGCCUCGAGUUCUCUCGAUCUCGAAGCGUUAUGAGUAUUCGAAGGCUAAUCUUGCCGAGGAUCACUGUUUGUUUCUGAGGUUUCGGGAAGCUUGAAUCUCGUGGUGGGCGAGCGGCAUGGCGGGGAGUAAUGAAAUCAACGUCAACGAAUGCAAGAAGGUGGUUCCUCUCAAUACAUGGAUCCUCAUUUCCAAUUUCAAGCUGGCUUACAAUAUGCUCCGCCGCUCGGACGGCACGUUCAACCGUGAUCUGGCGGAGUUCCUUGACCGUAAAGUCUCCGCCAACAGGAUGCCAGCCGACGGCGUUUACUCUUUCGAUGUUGUCGAUCGAGCCACCAGCCUUCUCAAUCGGGUUUACCGGCCGGCCCCCACAAACGGAACUCAACGGGGCAUCGUGGAACUCGAAAACCCCUUGAGCACCACAGAGAUUGUCCCGGUAAUUUUAUUCUUCCACGGCGGAAGCUUUGCUCACUCCUCCGCCAACAGCGCCAUCUACGACACGUUUUGCCGCCGCCUCGUCAAAAUCUGCAACGUCGUCGUGGUGUCCGUGAAUUACCGCCGGGCCCCGGAGCACCGGUACCCCUGCGCGUAUGACGACGGAUGGGCGGCUCUGACGUGGGUUCACUCGAGGCCUUGGCUUCGCAGCGGGAAGGAUUCGAAGGUCUAUGUGUACCUGGCCGGCGAUAGCUCCGGCGGGAAUAUAGCUCACCACGUUGCAGUAAAAGCAGCUGAAUCAGGAAUUGAAGUAUUGGGUAACAUACUUCUGCAUCCGAUUUUUGGUGGGCAGGAGAGGAAGGAAUCGGAGUUGAGAUUGGAUGGGAGGUACUUUGUGACGCUUCACGACCGGGAUUGGUACUGGAGAGCAUAUCUGCCGGAAGGGGAAGACAGAGAUCAUCCGGCCUGCAAUCCGUUCGGCCCGCGGGGUCAAAGCCUCCAAGGCCUCAAAUUCCCAAAGAGCCUGGUAGUUGUGGCUGGUUUGGAUCUUGUGCAAGAUUGGCAAUUGGAUUAUGUUGAAGGGCUGAGAAGAUCAAAGCAAGAGGUCAAGCUACUGUUUCUGGAACGGGCAACCAUCGGCUUCUACUUCUUGCCAAACAAUGACCAUUUCCCUUGCCUCAUGGAGGAGAUAAAAUCCUUCCUCAAUCCUAACUGUUAAUACAUUGCUUUUAACAACAACAACAGCGACUACUUCUACUACUACUACAACUUCAGCUACAUGCACCCAAUACAUAACAGAAGCUUGAUACUAUCACUUGGGUUCUUUUUUUGUUCCCCCCUCUCUCCCCCUCUGCAGUGAUGGAGUGUAGUUAUAUAUGAUUGUGUACUUCUUCUUCUUCUUCUUCUUCUUAUUGCCGUGAAUUAGGGCGCUGGUUCUCUCCUCUGAUUCUGUGAAGAUAGUUUGUUCGUUACCUCUGCCUUCUUGGUGCAAAAUGGUUUUUCACUUAAGGCGGCCUGCCACUCACAUUGGUUCAGCUGCAGGUUUGGUAACUCGAAAACAUUCAUGGAAUUUAGCAGUAGAAACGCUCAAGUUCCUUGCUGGCUUUCCCCCCUUCAAAACCUUCAUCCACGGAGGAGGAGGUGUUGGCAGUAUCACUGGGGUGGUGAAGUUUGGUGGUGGUUCAGUUGAUUUCAUCAGUAUAUGGCUGCUGCUACUACUAUAAAUGCUAAUUUCAGAACAUGAACUGGAAAAUGUUCAUGCUGCUGUGAACUUCUUGUAUGUUAUACUGUGCUCUAGAAAUAUAUAUAUAUAUAGAUAGUUUUUUGUUUGUUUA